AUGAUUCCGCAUUAUCAGCUUGGCGCUUCUCCUGUGGACAAGAUUGAUCCAAACUUAGCUUCCCAAGAUACUCUUCUCAAACAACUCAAACUGAACUUAUACGCCGCUACUAACCGGAUGAAGCAACAUGCAGAUUCAAAACGACGAUACAUUGAAUUUAGUGAAGGAGAUCAUGUUUUCCUUAAACUACAGCCUUAUCUCCAGCAAACAGUGUUCAAACGAGCGUCUCAAAAGUUAGUUAAUAAAUUUUAUGGACCCUUUGAGAAUGAGAAAUGCAUCGGCAAGGUAGCUUAUCAACUCAAACUUCCAGUGGAUUCUCGCAUCCACCCAGUUUUCCAUGCUUCUCUGCUCAAGAAAAAAAUUGGUGAAACAAGUGUAAGUUGUAUUGAACUGCCCCCACUGACCGAUUAUGGUUUAAUCGAUCUCAAACCUAAAGCUAUCCUUGAUACUCGUUGGAUUCGGAAUGGUGGUACAUUCAUCACAGAACAUUUGAUCAAAUGGAAGCGUCUUUCUCGUAAAAAUGCCACGUGGGAGUCUACAUCAACUUUAGCAGGAAAAUUUUCUAAUAUGAACCUUGAGGACAAGGUUCCAGUGAAUUAG